ACGCACCGGAAGUGGUUCCUCAUAGGUGCGGAUGCAAAGAUGGCGGAAGAGGAGAACCAGUUUGAAGAAUUUGAACAAAUAGAGUUUUUAAAAGAUCGACAUGUGCGAUUCUUCCAGAGAACUCUUCAGGUGUUACCCGAGAGAUACGCGUCGCUGGAAACAACCAGGUUAACUGUCAUAUUUUUCGCCCUGUCUGGUCUUGAUGUGCUGGACGCCCUUGAUGUGAUUGACAGAAAUACUAUGAUUGAGUGGAUAUACUCACUACAAGUUCUGCCCACAGAGGAUAAAUCCAACUUAAGUCGUUGUGGUUUUCGAGGAUCUUCACAUAUUGGAAUUACAUAUAGUACUAAGGGUCCUGGUGUUCUCCAUCCUUAUGACAGUGGCCAUGUAGCCAUGACCUACACUGGGCUGUGCUCACUGCUGAUACUGGGAGAUGACCUGAGUCGGGUUAACAAACAGGCCUGUCUUGCUGGUCUCAGAGCGCUUCAACUGGAAGAUGGCAGUUUCUAUGCUGUGCCAGAAGGAAGCGAAAAUGACAUACGGUUUAUCUACUGUGCAGCCAGUAUCUGUUACAUGCUGGAUGACUGGUCAGGCAUGGACAUCCAAAAGGCCAUUGAGUACAUCCAAGGAAGUUUGUCAUACGACAACGGGUUUGGCCAGGGAGCUGGGAGAGAAUCCCAUGGGGGCUGGACGUACUGCUCCAUAGCCUCUCUGUGCCUGAUGGGCCGACUGGAGGAGGCGCUGAGUCAGCGAGAGCUGGACAGGAUCCGGCGCUGGUGCAUCAUGAGGCAGCAGAGUGGUUUCCAUGGGCGGCCCAACAAACCUGUAGACACAUGCUACUCCUUCUGGGUGGGAGCAACACUGGAGCUGUUAGAUGUAUUCCAGUACACAAACUUUGAAAAGAACAGGAGCUUCAUCCUGUCCACGCAAGAUCGGUUGGUAGGGGGCUUCGCAAAAUGGCCAGACAGCCAUCCAGAUCCACUACAUGCCUAUUUAGGGUUGUGUGGUCUGUCUUUGAUUGGAGAGCCAAAUCUGAGGAAGGUCCACCCAGCUCUUAACAUCACCCAGAGGGCCUUUCAGCACCUCCAGCAGCUGCAGCAGACAUGGAGGGACAGCACUGACAGCAGGGUGAUUCACAGCUCUGCCUCAGAGCAGGUUUAGUAACCAGAAGCAGCUUUUGUUCAUCAGUCAAAGGCAACCAGACUUUUGCAGUGUGUCUCAAAAUCGUUUAGCCACUCAAGAAGUCUUUUUUUUUAUUUUUUAUUUUUUUUAAAGAUUCAGGUUACAAAGUUUAAACUUUUGAGGACCUCAUUUUAAGUUAAUAAGGAACAACUUUUCUGUUAAGCAAUAUUUGCCACUCCUCUUCGCUGCCUUUUUUUUCAUUUGUACAUAGUAGUCAAUAACAAGUGCAAUGCGGUUUGUAAGAAUACAAUAAAUUAUGUGCCAGAAAGUCAAAUCUUUGUCACUGGAGACUUGAAGAAUUACCAGAUGCCUCCAUUAUGCUAUUUUUGUUUUGUUUGUUUGUUUGUUUUUAAGAUAAUGGCCUUUUGACAUUUCCUGCUCAAUAGCCUCAUCAUAGUCAGCACCUUGUAGUCAACACAGCUUCACUCUCCUGAGCUUCUCCCUCCACGUCACUAUAUGUUCAUUGUGUUAGAGAUUUCAGUUGUAAAGAAACUGAUGAGAUGAAAUUCAUUUAAGAACGGGGUGGUAAUACCUUUAAGGAUUUUCUAAAUCUGAAGAGAUUUUUUAUCUGUUAGAGACCCCACACAUGAAUAUAAAAAUAACAUUUUUAACAGUGUUGAUCAUACUGUGUGUGCUGUGCUCUGAUAAUCUCAGCACAGAACAACACACACAAAACGAUGCUCUCCCACAGCUUAUCUAGAAUCUAGUCCUCCGAGCCGGAAAUCUCUCGUAAUCAAAAGUUCUCUAACAAAAAUGAAGAACAAGAAACAGCAACAACCGGACAAACGAAGAAGAAGAGCCAUGGCAACAACAACACAACACCCAUCAUGGCAGAGGACAUACAUGAUGAAGUAAUGAUGGUGGUCUUAAGACUGUUAUUAACAGAAACAUCCAGAACUGGAAAAAAAAAGGACUGGAGACAGCCUGAACACGGACUUCUUAUCCUUCCUUGUUCCCCAGUCAGCUCACUCUCUGAUUGGCUACAUUCUGUUCCAUGUCACAAUCCACACAGUCACAACUCAGGAAUCGUCGGCUUUCCCAACACAUGAAGAUUUUUGGUCGUAAAUAUUGAACAUCUGAUUGUCAGCCACAACCCGUUAAGAAGCCGAUUGUCAGGGCGAAUUCGCUCUAAACACACCUUAGACCAAAUGAUCAUUUUAGAGGAAAAUCUUAUAAGACUUAAGAUAAUCAGGCUUUGCUGUCCUUGGUCGGGAAGGGGGAAAAUCGGGACAAAAACAGCCCGAUAAUCUUCAUGUGUGCACUCAGCUUAAGACGGGUGCCCAAAGUCUGUCCCUGUUUCCCGCUCCAGCACAACUGAAUCUGACUGAUGGGUCUACAUGCUUGGGCAGAACUUAACAAUAAGAUGUUGAGCAGAGCUAUUUAAUUUGAAUCAGGUGUGUUAGAUCAGAGAGACAUUUAAAACCUGCAAGACUGCGGCCCUCUAGGACCAGAGCUGGACACCUCUGCCUUAUGUGGUAUAUCAAUGAAUAUAUGAAAGAAAAAAAGCUACCUAAAUGUGUUUUUAAGAAUGGGUUUAUCUUUCCUGGUGACAGAAAAUACACAUUUUUACUAGUCUAAAUUUAAGGCAAAGAGAAAAAUGAAUUGGGGCCAAUCAGGGAAACUUAUCUGAACUUGCCUUAUGUGCUUCCUUUCUCCCUGCACAGUAGCAUCCAGCUGCAAAUCAGAAGCAGAAAGAUGAGACAAUGGCUUCAUAACUACAGGAAAUGAAUUCCUUUGAACUGUGCUGAGAAUUGACCUGCUAUUUUGGUUACUGAGAGGAUGCAGGGCAAAACAAAGAACAAUGACCAUGAGCGUACCACCAAGUGUCAGGAAAUGGAAACAGCUGUUAUUCAAUGCGAUGCUCAGUUAAAUGUUUAUCACUGUCAGCUCUGGAUCACCGAGACAUGAUUUGACUGUCUGCUCGGAUGCUUGCAGGCAUUACAAUCCACCAUCACAUGAUCAUUCAGGAGACUUUCUAAACAACUUCUGUUGUUGCAAAAUGGGGGGAAAGGUUUAGAUUUCAAAUAGACAUGAUCUAAACUUGACCUCGAUCUGUCCCUCAUAUCAUUUCUGACUCCCAGAAAGCGACAUCUCCAGCUUUAUGGAUUCCUGUUGUCUCCUGCUGUAGCCAUACCCUUUUUUUUUAUUUGAGCCCUAGAUGAGCAAACACCUGCUCCUCAGGACGAGAAGUGUUGCCUGCAGAAAUUUACCGCUUGUAACUGUGACUGGAUAUAGAUGCUGUAUUAAACCUGGCCUUGUUUCUCUUCCUUCCAAGCCUCUCUCCUCCUGGCAGACCAGUCAGACAGAUGAAAGUAGAGAAGAUGGGAGGAGAGAUGAAUAAAUAAAUAAUCUGAAGCAUAUAUUAUUAAAGGUAAACUGUCGGAGCCUCGUCUCUCUUCUCUGAACCCAGACUUAUUCCUAGUGGUAUAUAGCCCUGUUCUUGUACCAAAAGCAAGUAUUCUUUUUAGCCAAUACAUUGUUUUGAUGUUUUGUUAUUUCUCAAACUGAGACAUAAGGCAAUGAUACACUUAAGUGACAUUUUCUCAAAUAUUCUGUUAGUAAAGAAUCAUUUUCCCAAUAUGUCACAUUUCAAGUCAUCUUUUUCUGUUACUAAAAUAUAACUUCAAACUCCAGACUGAGCUAAAAACCAUUUAUGUAAUGAUUACAAUUCAAACUAAAUGUGCUUUUUCAUUUUUUUAACAAAAAAAAAAUUAACAUUUUAUAUCAAUAUUUUUGUGGUCUCAUUUCUGCAGUUCUGAGUUUUACCUGAUUGCCAUUUGUCCCGGUCAAAAAUGCACUGCAGGGCAUUUGCUCAUUGCUGCACCACUUUAAAAGCCAGAUCAAUUUAGAUGACAUAAAAUUGUCUCCUGUGCAUCCUCUGAUGUGAAGUUUACUUCUAAUAAAAAUCCCUCAGGCUGUUUUUUUUUUUCUGUAUACUGUACGUGGACUAAGUCACAUGGCAUAAACCACUGUCUCCAACUUGCUGCUGUAAUGUGCCUCAUGUGGCAUUGUUCUGGGUCACUGAAUUUCUUCUUUUCUUUUGAUUUAUCUACUCGUAAGCUUUCAGUUUGAAUCUGUCAAAUCACAAAGCGGUGAAUAUCAGCGUUGCCUAGAGAGGGGAGGACAUGUAUCCCAGUUCAGAUAUAAGAAGAGCAUACUGUUAACUUUUUAUUACCCCUCCCCUCAUCUGCUCUGCAUUUACUUACCAAAUCAGACAAAUAUAACUGGUCAAAUUCGUCUGACAUGUUCAUGUCUGAUUGAUAUUUCAAGAAAAGGAAAGAAUUCACUGAAAUAGAAAACAUGAAUGCUUGCAGCUU